AUGAUCUUUCUAUUAUUUUUCCUAAUAUCGUUUUGUAAUUCUGCUGAUAAUAUAAUAAAUGUUGGAUUUUUACACUGUAGAGUGAGUAUUUGUUUUUAAAAAUUAAAGAAAAAAUGCAAGUUUUCUAUAUUCAGAGUAGUGAUCAAAUUAUUACCAUUGAUUAUCGUGUAACUGCAUCUGCUGCUAAUAUUGCAGUUGAUCGUUUGCGUCGUGAAAGUAAACUGGUCGGAUAUACUUUGAAGUAAAUUUUUAGAAUACUUAUUUUGAAUAGUUUUCUUUGUUUCAGUUUUACAAUACUUUUUGAUGAUUGUAUCGAAUCUGAAGCAGCUGGUAAAGGAAUCGAAUUGAUCAACCAGCAUAAUGUUGAUGUUAUUAUUGGUCCGACAACUAAUCAACGUGAGAAGAGAAAUCUCUGAUUUCUCAAGAUAACAAAUACAUAUUUCAGCAACUCUUGCUGCAUUCCUUGUUUCUAGUUAUUAUGAAAUACCUGUAAUUGCAUGGGGAUUAGUCAAUGCAGCAUCAUUAGAUGAUGAGACAAGAUUUCCAAAUGUUGGAAUAAUGUCAGCAGGUCAGAAAAGUCUUGGAGUCGCAAUUCGAGAAGUUAUGAAACAAUAUGAUUGGACACAAUUUGUCUUUGCAUAUUUUACGGAAGGAGACAGUGAGAAAUGUGUUACAAUGCGGAAUGAUAUACAGGUUCUAUAGAAUCUGUGAUAGUUUUCAAAAUCUAAAUUAUUUUCCAGCAAGUUGUUUCAUACUUUGGCGAUAUUACAUUAUCUUACACUAUUCAAGUAACAGAUAUCUCUAAUUCGGGAAUGGUGGCAGCUCUAAAGAAAAUAUCUGAAAAGGGAAGAAGUGAGUCAUCAAAAUGUUUUUUUUGGAUAUUAACUACACACCUCUUACAGUAAUCGUAACAUGUAUGAAAGACGGGAUUGGUCUGCGGAGAAAAUGGCUUCUUGCCGCCGAAGAAGCCAAAAUGAUUGAUGAUGAAUAUGUUUAUGUCUUUGCCGAUAUUAAAUCAAAAGGCUUCGGUGAGAGAUUAUGUACCUCGUGAAUCCUAAUCUUCGAUCUCAUUUACAGUAAUCCCUUCAGCUGGUGGAGAAUUUCGCAAUGCGUGGGUUGCAGCGAGUGGAGUCGAUGAAAAUGUGACAAGAGCAUUAAGCGCUUUUCGAAAAACAAUUUUCAUAUGCGAUGUAGGAACUAGUUCCUGAAAUAGAAUUGAACAAUAUUAUUUCAGAUGAUGGGACAAGGUGCAAUCGCUGAAAACUACACAGUGUUUAGUGAAGAAGUUGUGACACGAAUGAGUGAAGCUCCAUUUUACUGUACAACAGAGUGUUCGGGAUUUAAUUUCAGUGUAGCUGGAACUUAUGCCGGCCAACUUCAUGAUGCAGUUUAUGCUUAUGGUGUUGCACUUGAUAAACUUUUAAAGGUUCAACCGACUCAAUACAGAAAUGCUACCGCACUAAUGCAAUACUUUUCACAAAACUUUUCAGGUUUAAAAAGAUUAAUUUUUCUGUUAAAAUAUGUAAUAUUAAUUAUAUUCAGGAAUGUCUGGUAAUGUCAUCAUAAACAGUAAAGGCACUCGUAAUCCAACACUCUAUGUUCUUUCACUUAACGAGAAUGACAAUAGUACUAUUCGUGCAACUGUUGUUGUUAAUAACAUGACUUCAACAUUCAUACCAACUUACACUGAUGAGUCGGUAAUGUGGAUUUCUCGAGCUAAUAAAGCCAGGCCAGCUGAUGUUCCGAAAUGUGGUUUUACAGGAACUUUGGUGAUUUAUCAAAACCGAAACAUUUAUAAAAUAUAUGAUUUCAGUGUCCGCCAAAUUUUGUCGAUGAAUAUCUUAUUUGGGUUAUUAUUGGAAUAAUUGUCAUUAUAGCCGCUGUAUUCUUUGUUAUAUUUGGAAUUGUUUCAUCAAUAAAUGCACGCCGUAGAGAAAUCGAGAAACUUAAUCUUCUCUGGCAAAUUCCAUUCAAUCAUCUCCAGCAAAUUAAAGUAAAUUGUAACUUUUGCUAUAAGCUUCGAAAAACCUAAUUUUCCAGCCCAAACAAAAAGGUGAUCACAGUAUGCGAAGUCUUCAAAGUGGUACAAGUUCAAUGUCUUCUAGAACAGCCGUGUCUGUUAAAACAGAGACUCGAAAUUUUCCAAUUUUUCACUCUUCAACGAGGAAAUGAAUUAGAGCCAGUUGUUGCGAAAAAACAUGCGUUUAGGCCAAGACUCGAUGAUUCGAAAUGUCAAUUUUUACGAUCAGUAAGUUUUUCCUAAUAUGUGAAAAUAAUUCAAUCGACAUUUUAGUUGAGAUCAAUUGAUCAUGAAAAUUUGAAUCGCUUCAUUGGUUUAUGUCUAGAUGGUCCACAAAUGUUAUCACUUUGGAGAUAUUGUUCUCGAGGUUCUAUUGCUGAUGUUAUUCAAAAAGCUACAAUACAAAUGGAUAACUUUUUUGUUUAUUCGCUCAUCAAAGAUAUUGUAAAUGUAAGUAAACCGAACUUUAUCUCAAAAAUAUAUCUUUAAAAUUUAAGGGUAUUAUCUUCAUCCAUCAAUCUAUAAUUGAAUGUCACGGAAUGUUGACUUCAAAGUCUUGCCUAAUCGAUGAUCGUUGGCAAGUUAAACUUUCAAAUUAUGGUAUGAGAGAUAUUAGAUCACGAGAAAUGUUAAUCAAAAAAGAUUUGCUUUGGAGCGCUCCCGAACUUUUACGGAAUGAUGAUAUUAUGGGAACAAAAGAAGGAGAUAUUUAUAGUUUGGGAAUAAUCUGCUCUGAACUUAUCACUAGAAAAUCAGUAUUUGACUUGGAAAAUAGACAUGAAGAUGCUGAAGAAAUUAUAUAUUCAUUGAAAAAAGGUGGAUUAAAAGCGCCAAGACCUGAUUUGGACACUGACAGUACUAUUGAAAUUAAUCCUGCUCUCGUGAGUUAAAAAGAUGAAAAUUGUUUACAUGAACAUAUUUUUCAGCUUCACUUAGUUAGAGAUUGUUGGACUGAAAGACCUUCCGAGCGUCCGACUAUUGAAACAGUGAGAUCUCAAUUGAAAGGAAUGAAUUCAAGUCGUAAUGAUAAUUUGAUGGAUCAUGUAUUCAAUAUGCUUGAAAGUUAUGCACAAUCUUUAGAAGAUGAAGUUUCGGAAAGAACAAAAGAAUUAGUAGAAGAAAAGAAAAAAUCAGAUGUAUUAUUAUAUAGAAUGUUACCAAGAACUGUUGCUGAUAAAUUAAAACUUGGACAGACAGUAGAACCCGAAACAUUCGACAAAGUCACAAUUUUCUUCUCCGAUGUUGUAUCUUUCACCACUCUUGCUUCAAAAUGUUCACCUUUCCAAGUUGUCACAUUGUUGAACGAGUUAUACACAAUUUUUGAUAACAUCAUAGAGCAAAAUGAUGUUUACAAGGUAAGCGAAAGUACACAAACCAACAAACCGGUUUUGUAAUAUUGAAAAAAAUUAUUUUAAUUGGAAAAAAAAGUUUAGUUGAGUCACAGACUUACUUUUGAGUAUGAAAAAAUUGAAGUUAGUUUCUAAAAGAUGAUUUUCCUAGGUUGAAACAAUUGGUGAUGGAUAUCUUUGUGUUUCUGGAUUACCUCAUAGAAACGGAAACGAUCACAUAAAGCACAUUGCUAGAAUGGCUCUUGGUUUCUUAUCAAGUCUCAAAUUUUUCCGAAUUCCACAUCUGCCAGCUGAACGGAUAAAUCUUAGAAUUGGAAUAAAUUGUGGAAGUGUUGUAGCUGGUGUUGUUGGUUUAACAAUGCCAAGAUAUUGUUUAUUUGGAGAUGCUGUUAAUACUGCAAGUCGAAUGGAAAGUAAUGGAAAACGUAUGAUUUCAGCUAAUUUGAGAGAAAAAGAUAAAUAUUACAUUUUUUCAGCAGGGAAAAUCCACGUGACAGCAGAAGCAAAUCAUAUGUUGACAGAAGUUGUUGGUGGUUUCGAAACUGAAUCGCGAGGCGAAGUUAUAAUCAAAGGAAAAGGUGUUAUGGAGACUUAUUGGUUGCUCGGAGAAUUAGAUGGCUACAAAAAGGUUUGAACAACUCAUACUUUAAUUGAAAAUGUGAUCGAAUAUUUAGGAACCAACUUUGAAACGAAGCAUAAGUCCGAUAAUUCGACAAGAAACAAUGGAAGAAGGAUUAUACAAAGAAUUCAGGAAAAAUGAAGAAAAUAAUAAUGAAUCAUAA